CCCCAGGCCCCACUGCGCGCGCUCCCGGCACCGGGCGAGCGCGGCACAGCGCGGGGCCGCGGUGGCCUGAGGCCUGCCCGCUGGGCCCUGACGCUGCGCAGUUCGACUCUGCCGCAUCCCGGCCAGAACUUGGCCCGGAGCCCUAGGUUCUUGACGCGUGCCCGGGAGCUUUCGGAGCGCCGAGGCGCGGCCCCGCGUGAGGCGCGCACCUGCCGAGGACGAGGCGCGGCAGGGGGUCGCAGGUUUCCCCACGCCCCCGCUGCCUGUCGUGCUAGCCAACCCCGGCCACUUCCUGGACGAGCGAGAUGAAGCAUACAGGCGUCUGGAAGAUGCUCGUAGCGGCAAUGUGCUUGGCCCUUCUGGGCUGCCUGCAGGCCCAGGAGUUCAGGGGACACGUUUCCAUUAUCCUGCUGGGAGCAACCGGGGACCUAGCUAAAAAGUACCUGUGGCAAGGACUGUUUCAGCUGUACCUGGAUGAGGCUGGGAAGGGCCACAGCUUUAGCUUCCAUGGGGCUGCCCUGACGGCCCCUGAGCAAGGCCAGAAGCUCAUGGACAAGGCUUUGGAAUCCCUCUCCUGCCCCGAGGACUUGGUACCUAGUCGCUGUGAUGAACUCAAGGGUCAGUUUCUGCAGCUCAGCCAGUACCGCCAGCUGAAGACAGUGGAGGACUAUCAGACCCUCAACAAGGACAUCGAGACCCAAGUCCGGCAGGAUGGGCUCUGGGAGGCAGGCAGGAUCUUCUACUUCUCUGUGCCGCCCUUCGCCUACGCAGACAUUGCCCGGAACAUCAACAGCAGCUGCCGACCACACCCAGGUGCCUGGCUACGGGUUGUUCUCGAAAAACCCUUUGGUCAUGACCACCUCUCAGCCCAGCAGCUGGCUUCAGAACUUGGAAGCUUUUUCCAGGAAGAGGAGAUGUACCGUGUAGAUCAUUACCUGGGCAAGCAGGCGGUGGCUCAGAUCCUGCCCUUCCGAGAUCAGAACCGCAAGGCCUUGGAUGGCCUCUGGAACAGGCACCAUGUGGAGCGGGUGGAGAUCAUCUUGAAGGAGAGCAUAGAUGCGGAAGGUCGGGCCAGUUUCUACGAGGAGUAUGGCGUCAUCCGCGACACGCUGCAGAACCACCUGACUGAGAUCCUCACGCUGGUGGCCAUGGAGCUACCUCACAAUAUCAGCAGCUCAGCCGCCGUGCUCCAGCACAAGCUCCAGGUCUUCCAGGCGCUGCGGGGGCUGCAGAAGAGCAGCGCCGUCCUGGGCCAGUACCAGGCCUAUAGCGGGCAAGUGCGCCAAGAGCUGCAGAAGCCAGACGGCUUCCAGAGCCUGACACCAACCUUCGCAGGUGUCCUUGUCCAUGUCGACAACCUGCGCUGGGAGGGCGUCCCCUUCAUCCUGAUGUCUGGCAAGGCCUUGGAUGAGAGAGCGGGCUACGUUCGGAUCGUGUUUAAGAACCGGGCGUUCUGCACCCAGAGUGAGCGUCACUGGGUGCCAGAGCGGAGCCGGUGUCUGCCCCAGCAGAUUGUCUUCUAUAUCGGACACGGCGAGCUGGGCCACCCUGCCAUCCUGGUCAGCAAGAACCUGUUCAAGCCCUCUCUGCCGACUCAGAGCUGGAAGGAGGUGCCAGACAGGCCCGGGCUCCGCCUUUUUGGUCGCCCUCUGUCUGAUUACUAUGCCUAUACGCCUGUGCGGAAGCAAGACGCCUACUCCAUCCUCCUGUCUCACAUCUUCCACUGCCGCAAGGAGUCCUUCAUCACCACAGAGAACCUCUUGGCCUCCUGGGUCUUCUGGACCCCGUUACUGGACAGCCUGGCCUUGGAGGUUCCACGCCCGUACCCAGGGGGAGCCGAGAAUGGCCAGCUGCUAGACUUUGAGUUUAGCGGCGGUCAGCUGACCUUCUCCCAGCAGCAGCUAGAGGUGCUGAUCCCAGAAUUAGGGUCCGUCCCAAAACCCAGUGACUUCCAGGUCCUCAGGGCCCAGUAUAGAGCGAGCCCACUGAUUACUGCCUGGCCAGAGGAGCUGAUCUCUACGCUGGCCAGCGACAUCGAAGCCACCGCAGUGCAGGCGGUACGGCGCUUUGGCAAGUUCCACCUGGCACUGUCAGGCGGUUCGAGCCCCAUAGCUCUCUUCCAGCAACUGGCCACGGGGCAUUAUGGCUUCCCCUGGGCACACACACACCUCUGGCUGGUGGACGAACGCUGUGUCCCUCUCUCAGAUCCAGACUCCAAUUUCCAGGGCCUGCAGGCUCACCUGCUCCAGCAUGUCAGGGUUCCCUACUACAACAUCCACCCCAUGCCUGUGCACCUGCACCAGCGGCUCUGUGCUGAGGAGGACCGGGGAGCACAGACCUAUGCCAGCGAGAUCUCGGCCCUGGUAGCCAACAGCAGCUUUGACCUGGUGCUCCUGGGCAUGGGCACCGAUGGGCACACGGCUUCUCUGUUCCCACAGUCACCCACGGGCCUGGAUGGUGACCAGCUGGUGGUGCUGACAGAGAGCCCAUUCAGGCCACACCAGCGCAUGAGCCUCAGCCUGCCCCUCAUCAACCGAGCCAAGAAGGUAGCCGUCCUGGUCAUGGGCAGGACGAAACGAGAGAUUGCCACACUGGUGAGCCGCGUGGGUCACGAGCCCAGGAAGUGGCCCAUCUCAGGCGUGGUGCCGCUUUCCGGACAGCUGGUUUGGUACAUGGAUUACGAGGCCUUUCUGGGAUGACAGGAGCGUCCUGGUCUUAGUCACCCUCAGCCUUUCUCUCAGCUGCCCAGUGUGCCUCAGAUGUGUGGAACCUGGUCACAGAGUUCCAGAGUCAGCCCCAGAGACGGGAGGACAAAACUCUGCGCCAGCUUCCUGGACCUACUGGUUCUGUCGUGUCACAGUGCCUGAGCAUGGAAACAAGGCAGAGCUCUGGCCUCACAACCCAGACGGCAGAGAGACUAAGGCCUCUGGCAGCAUCUACAACACACAGUAAGGCCAGGAAAAGGCUCCAAGCUAAAGAACCAAAGUGUCUUCUCAAGACCGGCCCGUGAUCUUUGAACUGGGUUCUGUGGGAAGAGAGGCCAGCAUUGGUGGGGAGAAGGGUGCAGAGACUUGUGGUGAAUGUCUUGCUCUGAGCCAGGCCAGAAGAGUAGACAUGAUCCUGAGGCUGUACCGGGCACCCUGCCGCCUCUGGUGUCCCUCCAUCCCUCUGUGCACCUAGCUGAGAUCUGACCCUCCUCCUGGCAGCUUCUCUCUCUGGGCCGGACAUCCACUGUCCUCAGGAUUCCCUGUUACCCCUAAGCCUCUCCCUCUCCACAGACACCGACACUGCCAUGCCAAAGGUCCCCCCAGAUCUAGACACCAGGGCUCUCUUUUCCCACUGAGAACAGUUCUACACCUCUGAUCUAACUAGACAGGGGGGCUCUGUCUGCCCCUGGGCCGGGGGUGACUCUAGCUCACAGCCUCUUUCUAGGACUUAUGUGGCCAAUUCCCAGCACGGGGCAGACUGCAGCUAGCUCUCCUCACUACCUCUCGGGGGCUGCAAGCCUGGCAGCAGUCUCUCCCCUGUCAGGCGUCUCCACCUUUCUCGUUGACUAACCUGGUACCACUGGGAACACUACAGGCAGCUCCUAACUUCAGCCUCCUCCGGGGCUUCGGAAUUUUUACUUUUUAAAAGAAACCCAACCACAUAAAGCAAAUGUUUCAGGGCACAUACAGAUUUUGUUUCGGCCUCCUGCUUAGCCAUGUGGACAAGGGAAGGCCUAGAAGGGUUCAGCUGGACUCUCCUCAGUUACCUAUGUGUCAGUCACAGAGUCUCCGUGUCUUUAGAAUUUUCCCAGAGAAGGGUUUUCCUGUGGUGAGGGGCACCAGGAAAUCUAUUCCUCUCCUUUUAAUUGAUUGUACUUUCUCCCAGGCAGCACAUGGAAAAGAAUUCUUGCUUUCACUAGAGAUGUGCACAGAGUGUAGCCUGAGCUGGGGGGGCUCUGUAUGAAAGGCUCUCUUGUUAAAAUUCUGCUUACUCUGGCUUCCAGUGACCCCGACUGACAGAAAACCUCUAUUCCGAGAGAGCUACCCUUGGCAGAAAGGAGGGACCGCCCUGGGGUCCUUUCCUGGGGCUUUGCUCCGGCUUGGAUGCAGGUAGUUGCAGGUGAAGUUCCACCUUUGGCCAUGUGGGGGAGCCCACGUGCCACCAGUUACAUUCCACCCAGGAGGCGGGUUUAGUGCCAAACGUCCUUGCAGUUUCCUGCUCUCUGCCUCUCUGGCUUCAGAGCCCAGUGCGUUUUCAUCUGUUCUUUACCGACCCGGCCUUCUGCAGUUGCAACAUCAGAGAGGAAGAGGGCCUUGCAUGCCUCAGGAGAAAGGGUGCGCAGGCUCUGUGUCACCAUUCUGAAUAACGGUGAGUCACUGCCCAGCCUGAGCCUAGAAUGUCCUGUUCUUACCCAGAAGAAUGACUCGCCUCUGUCUGUGGGGAGUCUGCACAGGAGAGGCCAGUGCGGGGGAAAUACCAAAGAUCUCCUUUCCGGAAGCAAACACUAAUAAAAUCUCAUUGGAAAGGUUGGCGGGGGACAUCGUCAGUGUUCUUUGGCAUGCACCUGUGCCUGCCCUUUGUCCUUCUGCCCUGGGUUAGGAAGGAGAGAUGUUCGGAGCCAGGACCUCGGAAGAUGCUGCUCUUCAGACCUUUUGGACCAUAAUCCGCGGCCAGCAGUGUGCUUCACGUCACCAGUCAGUCACAUCUGUGUAUAAAUCUGAAUCUUGAGUCUCAGGAAGGAGUUCUCAGCCUUAAGAUCUAGGAUACCCUCUAUUUUUUUUUUAAUUUUUAUUUUUCAUUAAAAAAUUGUUUCUCGCAAACCA